AUGGCCGCCAAAGAACUGAAACAAUUCACUCUGGAGGAGGUUGCUGAGCAUAACAAGCCAGAUGACUUGUGGGUGGUCAUUGACGCAAAGGUUUAUAAUCUGUCCCGAUUCAAAGACUUGCAUCCUGGAGGGAUAUCUGUCUUGAUGGAUGGGGAAAUUGCUGGCCAGGAUGCCACGGAGGCGUUCUACGGCUUGCAUCGUCAUGAAGUUUUGGAGCGACCUCAAUACCAACGCCUUCAGAUUGGUACUAUUCAAGGCGAACAACCUGUUAUAUACAGCCGAAUUGUCGGAGAACUCAGUGAUGUCCCGUACGCAGAGCCUACCUGGCUGUCACAAGGGUACCACAGCCCUUACUACACCGACAACCAUAGGAAAUUCCAACAGGCCAUGCGUCGCUUUGCUGACGAGUUCAUUUAUGAGGAUGCACAAGCUCGCGAAGAGGACGGCAAGCGACCCAGUCAAAGCGUAAUCGACCAGAUGGCUGCGGUGAACUUGCACGCAAUGCGUAUGGGUCCAGGAAAGCACCUUCAAGGAUUAUCCUUGAUGAAUGGUCUCGUGAAACCCGAGGAGUUUAACUAUUUCCACGAACUCAUUAUUACUCAAGAAAUUGCACGAUGUGGUGCACGAGGAUAUGGAGAUGGUUUAAUGGGAGGGAAGGUGAUUGGAUUGCCACCGGUCCUCAAUUUUGGCUCGGAAGCACUGAAGGCUCGCGUUGUGCCUGAAGUCUUCGCCGGCAAGAAGUUCAUUUGCCUCGCCAUUUCGGAGGCCCAGGCUGGAAGCGAUGUUAUGGGUUUACAAACGACUGCAGUCAAAAGCGAGGAUGGCAAGGAAUGGAUUGUAAAUGGAACCAAGAAAUGGAUCACCAAUGCUACUUUCGCAGACUACUUCACUGUAGGCUGCAAGACUGAGGAUGGUCUCACUGUCAUUCUUAUCGAGCGCGGACCUGGCGUAGAAACGCGGCAAAUCAAAACAAGCUAUUCAACAACGGCAGGCACAGCCUACAUUACCUUCGACAACGUCCGAGUCCCUGUUGAGAACACCCUUGGUGAGGAAGGCGGAGGAAUUUUUGUCAUUUUGAGCAACUUCAACCACGAACGAUGGGUCAUGUGUUGUAGUUCCGCUCGCAGCCAGCGUAGUAUUGUUGAGGAGUGUCUGAAAUGGGCGACUCAACGGAAGGCUUUUGGGAAGCCCUUGAUAUCACAAGCUGUAAUUCGCUCCAAGCUUGCUGCAAUGAUAGCACGGACGGAGAGUGUACAGAGUUGGCUGGAAAACAUCACUUACCAGAUGUGUCAUAUGACAUACAAACAACAAUCCCAGAAGCUCGCUGGUCAAAUCGCCUUUUUGAAGAGCUAUAGCACGCGGUGCGCACAGGAGACCGCAAAAGAUGCUGUUCAGAUAUUUGGUGGCCGUGGUAUCACACGGACAGGUAUGGGGAGGUUCAUCGAACACUAUCAUCGCACUGUGACUUUCGAUGCAUUGUUGGGAGGUGCGGAGGACGUCCUUUCUGAUCUUGGUGUUCGACAAGCCAUGAGGGCCAUGCCAAAGAAUGCCCGGCUUUGA